AUGUCCCAACGUUGUUCCCCCGCCAAGGUUCUUGAAGAUGGCUGCGUAUCUCCGCCGCCAGGCACGGUAAUGGAAACCGCCAUCCCCACCACUUUCUUCGACACUAUUUGGCUUUCCCUUUAUCUCGCUCAACGCCUUUAUUUCUAUGAAUAUCCGCACCCAAGUUCCCAUUUCAUGCAAAACGCUCUUCCUCGUCUUAAAACCUCUCUCUCCCUCACACUACAACGUUUCUUUCCUUUUGCCGGCAAUCUCCGGUUUCCGCCACCGCUUCAGAGGCCGUAUAUUUUCUUCACCGACGGCGAUUCGAUACGCUUCGUCGUUACCGAGUCCGAUGCCGACUUCAACCAUCUUACGAGCGAUCAUGCACACAACGCUCAGGAUUUACAAGCUCUCGUCCCGAAUCUGCCGCCGUCGACGACAAUGGAGACCGAUGACUUCAAGCAGCUCCCUCUCAUGGCCGUUCAAAUCACUAUCUUCCCAAACACAGGGUUUUCGAUCGGUAUCGCUUUCUGUCACGUAGCAGCUGAUGGCAAGGCGUUUACUCAUUUCACAAAAUCAUGGGCGGCAGCUUGUAAAUCACUAGAGGACUUGAAAUUUCUCGACAAUAUUCCUCCACCCGAUCAUAAUAGGGAUUCAAUCCAAGAUCCUAAAGGGAUUUGGUCCUUUUUUGUCGAGCAAUUCCGCGAGCUCAACUCGGAUUUCUCCGGCCACGUAAUAAACCAAACCGACAAGGUACGAGUCACGUACAGAAUUAGCAGAGCCAACGUCGAGUCACUGAAAAAAUGGAUCGAAACAACAAACGACAGUGAAUCAGAGCAGCUGAGAUUAUCAACGUUCGUGGUGACUUGCGCUUACGUUUGGGUUUGUUUUAUAAGAGUAGAAGAAGCGAGGGAAUCACCAUCCGACGACGACGAUACAAUCUGCAACUUCCUCUUCAGUGCCGAAUGCAGACAUCGCCUGAAACUUCCAUCGGAAUACUUCGGGAACUGUCUUAAACCGUGUAUUUUAUCAGCCAAAAGGGCCGAACUGCUCGGAAAAAACGGGAUUCUGGUUGCCGUAAAGGCCAUCGGAAGGGCAGUGAUGGAGUUGGAUAAAGGUCCAUUGGGAGACGCCGAUAAAUGGAUCUCGAGAAUGAGGGAAGUGUUAUCGAAGUCUAAACACAAUGUGGUCGCCGUCGGAUCACCGAAGUUGCUGGUCUACGAGACUGAUUUCGGGUGGGGAAGACCGAGAAAAACCGAGGUGGCUCACAUCGGUUCUUCCGGGUCCUUCGUCCUCGCCGAGAAUAGGGAUCCGGAAGUCGGUGGCGUUGAAAUCGGCUUUCUUUUUCCCCCGAUUCAAUUGCCCAAAUUCAAAAGUAUUUUUGAGGAUCAACGGUUGAAUUUCAACAUCUCUUGA